CUCGAUCAAACAAUUGACACCGGAGACAUUGGCAGACAGAUGCUGUCGUGCCUCAGGUGUGACAGACAAUCACAACACUAAUGGCGCAAAAACGUGGUACCAUUCAUUAUUGCCACGACAAGUAUCCCAGAUCUCCAACCUUAUCAACCUGUUUUCAUAUCGUCCUGUGCGACCCUGUGCUCUGAUUUGCACUAGUCUUCUAUCACCAUACAACCGCUUGUCUACCGGCGGUCACUGUGCGCUGCUUUGCACUAGUCUUCUGUCACCAUACAACCACUUGUCUACUAGCUUGAAACCAUCGGCAACGACCUUUAGCGCUCCAAGAUUAAUACCGCAAUGUCUGCAACACUCCCAGUCACCCUGCACGACGUUCUCUCUCAAGCUGCCAAGCGGUAUCCUUCGCACGAGCUCGGAUUCAUCACAUCUUCCGCUCAUGACUCUUCCAUUCGAGCGACAACAUUCAGCUCUUUCAACCAGUAUGUGCGCAACCUCGCUCGCGCCAUGCUGGAUUGGCAAAAGCCCGCUGGCUCAGUUAUCGUUGUCUACCUGACUGAGCACGAGGAUAACAUGGCCGCUGUUUGGGCUUGUCUCCUUGCAGGUUACGUUCCAUGCUUGCAACCCGCCCUCAGUGCCCAGCAGGCUCAUAAGGAGGGCCAUGUCGCUCAUAUCAAAAACCUGUUCUCGUCCGCUAUCUGGCUCACUAACGAGUCCGGUGCUGACCAGGUGAAUUCCAUCACCGGUCUGGAGGUUAACCUUCUUUCGCAACUCAAGGCAUCAGCUUCGAAAUACCACGUUUCUGCCGACUGGGUCGCCCGUACCGCCCAGCCGGAUGAUGAGGCAAUACUAUUUUUAACCUCCGGAUCAACUGGCUUUUCCAAAGCAGUUGUCCACAGCCAUCGCACUAUUUUGGCCGCUUGCUCUGCUAAAGGAGAGGCUUAUGGCUUAACUCCGAAGACUAAUGUACUUAACUGGGUUGGAUUCGACCAUGUCGCGGGCUCCUUGGAAAUGCACAUCACUCCCUUGUUGUUCGGUGCCUCUCAAAUUCACGUCCAUGCAUCCGCUAUUCUCUCCGACCCGCUUCGUUUCCUCCGUCUGAUCGACGAGAAGUCCAUCAACGUUGCCUUCAGCCCUAACUUCUUGCUUGCGAAGCUCACGCGGGACCUUGAGAAGAGGUCUGAUCUCAUUGGAGCCUUCGACCUCUCUUCAAUCAAGCGCAUCAACAGCGGAGGGGAGGCUGUCAUUUCAAAGACUGCUCAGUCCUUUGUAGCUGUCCUUAAGCAACUUGCAAGAGACCCUCUCAAAGUUUCUUUCGUCAUUUCACCUGGAUUUGGUAUGACUGAGACUUGCGCUGGGUGUAUCUACGAGCCGGUGAACCUCAGCACUACCGUGCCCAAACACGAAUUCCUCGACUUGGGACGCCCUAUACGCGGUUGCGAGAUGCGUAUCGUUGAUCCCGAAGAUGGCAAGACGGUCCGCAGGGACGGAGAGAGUGGUGAGCUGCAAGUCCGUGGCCCCAUGAUCUUCCUUCGUUACUACAACAACGCGGAGGCCACAUCUUCCAGCUUUGUUGAUGGUUGGUACCGCACCGGUGAUGUCGGAAUUAUCGAGGGCGGUGUUAUGCGUCUCAGUGGCCGCAUCAAAGACACUGUUAUCGUCCACGGUGUGUCAUAUGGUAUUCCAGAGCUGGAGACGCACCUCCAGACUGUCGAGGGUGUCACGCAUUCCUUCCUUGCUGCUGCCCCCUACCGUGCACCCGGGCAGGAGACUGAAGGCUUCAUUAUCUUCUACUCUCCCACUUUCGACCUUAAUGGAGAAGAUGCUUCCAUGAAACUAUUCGCCACGCACCGCGCCCUCCGUGACAUCUGUGUCAAAAUGAUCACCCUCCCUCCUCAAUUCAUCGUCCCCAUUCCUAUCAACCAGAUGGAGAAGACUACUCUUGGGAAGCUCUCGAGAGCUCGCCUUGUCAGCCUCUUCAAGCAGGGAGAACUUGCCAAGCACAUCGCUCGUGCUGAGGAGCUCCUGAGCGAGGCUCGGGGCUCUUCAUUUCUCUUGCCAAGAUUUACUGCUGGGAUCUUUAACCUCAACGAGAAUGAAAUGUCCGCAAGCGACAACUUCUUCGAGCUCGGCGGCACCUCUAUCGAUGUCAUCAGACUCAAGCGCGAGGGCGAAGCACACUUCGGUUUGCCUGAGAUACCCACUAUUCAGAUCCUCAAGCACCCCAGGAGUACGACCCCUAUCGUUCCCUUGCAGCUCACGGGUAACAAGACACCCAUCUUCUUCGUUCACCCCGGUGUCGGCGAGGUUCUGAUUUUCGUCAACCUCGCCAAGUACUUCCAGAAUGAACGUCCCUUUUAUGCUCUUCGUGCUCGUGGCUUCGAGCCAGGUCACCCUUUCUUUACCUCCAUGGACGAAAUGGUGUCCACCUAUGCUGCUGCAGUAAAGAGGACCCAACCCACUGGUCCUUACGCCAUCUCUGGUUACAGUUACGGUGGUGUCGUUGCCUUUGAGGUCGCUAAGCGCCUCGAGGGCAUGGGUGAUGAAGUCAAAUUCGUCGGUCUCAUCAACAUCCCCCCUCACAUUGCCGACCGCAUGCACGAGAUCGACUGGACCGGUGGCAUGCUCAACCUUUCAUAUUUCCUUGGCCUUGUGACGAAGCAAGAUGCUAAUGACCUCACACCCACUUUGAGACCUCUCUCGCGGAAGGAACAACUGGAGGUCGUCUGGAAGCUAUCACCUCCCGACCGUCUUAUUGAGCUCCAGCUCACGCAAGAGAAGCUUGACCACUGGGUCGACAUUGCUGGCUCUCUAAUUGAGUGCGGCAAGGAGUACAACCCGGGUGGCUCAGUUUCUGCUCUUGAUGUCUUUUAUGCCAUUCCCUUGAAGGGAACCAAGGCUGAUUGGCUUAACAAGCAACUCAAGCCUUGGGACGGUUUCAGCCGUGGCCAGGCCACAUAUACCGACGUCCCUGGGCAACAUUACACUCUCAUGGACUUUGACCACGUUCCUCAAUUCCAGAAGAUCUUCCGCGGCCGUCUCGAAUCUCGUGGUCUUUAAGACUGCAGAUGUCACGGUUGGACGUUGGAGACGGACUGAUUUUUAUUGGUUUACUGGAUGCAUAUUCUAUGUACAUAUAUUACUGUAUGGUCUGACAUCCUAUUAUUGUAGUGUUUUUUGUAAAAAUUCCUUAGAGUUGGAUCAAUAGAUUACAUGUGAUUGUGUAUCAGGUAAU